AAUAGGUAAACAAGAAAUGCACCACGCAAUCAUACCAUGUGGCACAUUGCGCCACUCCGCUGACACGUAAUACGUGCACGUACACGUUACACCGCCUGCUCGUAACCAUGGUGAUAGGCAAUAACAAAACAGGCGGCGUGGGCUUUACGUUUAUCGUACAGCAACCACAAUUUAUCUAGUACGGGGCUACGAUGAAGAGAAAUGGAAAUUCCACACCGAAAGUGACCGAUUACGCUGAGGAAGAAGUGAUCGCUCACCUGUGGGUGCAGCUGUUAAUUCACAUCAAUGUUUAUUUUUACGCCGUUUGGCUGCUGGUUGCAAUAGUGUUUCUACAUUACGAGGCAAGUAAACUAAGUUUUAAGUAAUGUUAUUUAGUGUUAAUUUGAUUCCCAUACCCUUUGGGCCACAGUUCCUCAACAUAAGCGGAAUCGAGCAAACGUUGUCCAUCCUUUCGCUGGUGGUUGCAAUUCCGCUGGAAGUCUUCCGGCUCUAUCUCGGCCACACCGGCAACCUGAUGAGUGCGAUACCCAGUUUUGCUGGCUUUCUUAUACUGUCUACACUGAUUCAGCUUCCAUUGCAGAUUUACCUGCUGCUAGCAACGCACACGAUCAAUCAUUUAGCAGCAACCGUAACACAGUCGAUCGCGAUCGGUCUGCUGGUGCUGCAGAUUGUAGUUGGUGUGCCGGCAAUGCGUCAAAUAUCUGCCUUUCGCAGGAAACAGUUUCAAAUGCAACGGUGGCAAUAUGUGGGCAAGCGAGCCGACACGGCGAAGGAAGCGAAGGACGAGCAAUGA